CAGUAGCAAAACUCUGCGGAAGUGGCGACAGAGGUGCAAAAUAACACAGACUGGACCACCUGUGACCUGGUGAAGGGAGAGUCGGUGUUGGCUAUUUCACCUGCCUGCGCUGUUUCUGAUCAAAUUCAUAUUUUUUCCAGUGCUGUUUAGAAAGGAUGAAUGUUUUUUUACUUCGCUGUGUUCUUCUCUGCGCGAUGUUGCAGCGGAGCAACAUGCAGAUUGCUGUACCUGCCACAGUGUUAAACUGCUGUGAAGGGCAUAUUCUGCUUCUGCUGGACUCUUCAGGGAGUAUAGCAAACUACGAGUUCUCACGCCUGUUGCACUUCGUCACCGAGCUGCUUCGCCCCUUCUCAUUGGGCCGUGGGCACGUAAGAGUCGGGCUGCUGCAGGUGGGCACAAACCCUAACCUGGAGUUCGGCCUGGACGUCCACAGCAAUCAGGAAGGUCUGCAGAAAGCUCUGCGGAGUGUCAGCCAGCUACAGGGAGACACCAACACCAAGGCAGCGCUCAGGGUGGCGCAGCAGCUUCUGACAGAGACAGAUGAGAACGUGCCAAAGAUUCUGCUGUGGCUGACGGAUGGUGUGCAGCCUGGAGAUGUGGACAAACCGAUGUCGGAGCUGAAGGCGCAGGGAGUUUCUGUUCUAGCUGUGUCUACAGUACAUGGCAACUACCAGGUUUUACAACGUGCAGUGACACCUCCACUGGAGUCUCACCUCUACUCUGUGGACAUAGAUAACAUCGACAUCAUCACAGAGGACCUGAGGGAGGCCAUUAUCAAAAUUAUUCGUGCAGAACGGCUGCGCGUGGUUCACUUGACUUCCCACAGUGCUGUGCUGCAGUGGCGUCCUGUUCUGAGUGCUGACAACGGUUACUAUGAGCUCUCGUACAAAUCUAGGUGGAAAACGUACACUGAAACUAGACGCAUUCUCCCAGGCGACUCCAGCUGGGUAGAGCUGACCAAACUCCAGCCUGAAACCACCUACACAGCUGCCCUCCGCCCAGAGUCCAACCAGGGGCUGUUUAACACACUCUCUGUUGACUUCACUACACUUCCUGAUAUUUUAAGCCCGACGGUGGUCUCUGUGUCAGACUCUGGGCCACGUCAGAUCCGUGUGAGCUGGGGUCCCCUGCAGCCGGCUCGAGUCCAGAGAUAUACUGUUGAGUAUGGAGCUAUUCCAAGCGGACACGUCCACACCGUUACAUUACGAAACCAGCAGAACUUUACCUUGCUGAACGGCCUGGAGCCGGGCACUCUGUACCUGGUCACAGUCAGUGCUCUGCAUGUGAAUGGAAAAGAAAGAGCCAUGUCUGUAAGGGCAUGCACUCAAGAGGCAGCUCUGCCAGCUCUCGUCGACCUUCAGUUGACCACAGUGGAGCGUCAGAAGGUGCGGGUAACGUGGAAGGCCCAUCAGGAAGGUUUGAAAGGCUUCUGGCUGAGCUGGGAGGGAGAAUUCUCCAAAAGCUCCUCCUCGAAGCCCUCCGCGUACCUGCCUCCUACCUCUCGUUCAACGCGUCUCACGCGCCUCGCACCGAGCAGUCGAGUGUGUGUGUCCCCAGUCUAUGGCUGGGGCCGAGGAGACGGGUUAUGCUGCACUGCAGAGAGGCACACACGUUGGCUGAGCUGAAUAUUAUUGACCUCUUUUUUUUUUUUCCUGCGAUUAUGCUCAUGCAUAGCAGGUUUGGUUCAUUAAAGGGAGUUGUAAUUUUUCAUUUGACUUUCUCAAAUGAAGGUUUUUUAACAUUAAUAUGCGUUCCCCCAGCCUGUCUAUG